AUCAUUAUUUUCAAUAAAUCAUUAAAAAAUACGUAGUGUAAACUUUAACCGCUUAAAGGUAAAUGUGAGUUCUAAAAAACUAAAAAGCUGUCUUGUUUUAGAUCCACAGCCGUAGGUUAAAGGUUCUCAAAGUGCUCUCUCAGAAAGGAGAUCCAUAAACAUUUUAUUUUAAAAAAGGAACACUUAUUUUUUAGUCUUUCUACUUGUUAAGAUGGGCAACUUUAUAUCAAUAAACUUGGAAGAUCAUUAUAAAAAUAAUGAAAAAUUCUUACAAAGCCUCAAUGAGAUAGCGAUUGAAAGGCAAAUUCAAAUGCAAAAUCAAAUGGCAGAUAGGCAGAGAGCUACAGCUGUAGCUAAAAGUAGAGACUUAUUUUUGUGGAUAACAACCUUUAAUAUAACAGCAACAGUAGGCCUAUUGACAGGGUUUAGAAGAACUAAGAGAGCCUACUUUUUGUUUCCAUUAAUUCCACUUACAUUUGUUAACUUAUACUACUGGGAUCUUGGAUAUGGCAACAAGUUACAUAGAAUCAGAAUGGAAGCUGAACACAUAAUGACCCAUGAGGUAGACAUGUUAAAAGUACCAUGCGGUCUACCAACACCAUCAUCCAUCGACCAGGGUCGUAUGGCUGAAGAGGAGACUAAGAAAAUACAUCCACCAAUGCCUUAAAAUAAUUGCGAGUGUGCCUUUGCAGCUUCUAGAAAUGAUAGAGAUCAGUAUUAGUUGACUGUAAGGAACGUUGCCAAUUUACCUAUUUGUUGUUAUUCAAAGUUGGAAAAGCAUUCCUACCAAAGUUAGUUGCAUUAAAAAAAUUAUGUUGUCAAUAUAGCAAGGAAAUAGGUUUAAUCCUACAAAACAGUUUUGUUCAGUAAAAUCCAUUUAAGGGCAGAACAAAUAUCUAAAUGCGUUUUUUUUCUUUUGGCUCUAACACUGUUUGUACAUUAGCCAAUCUAAAUGCGUUAAUAAUCAAUUAAAUUCAAAUUAUGACACAACGUCUAGGUAAUCAACGUCAAACUAAAAUAAGAAAAAAAAUAUAACAUCAAAAUGGCGAUCCUGACAGCUAAAGUUUUUCAUAGAUUACUUAAAAGUUAUAUUAAUAUAAAUGUAAAAGCUUUAACUUAACAAAAUGUAAAUGGGGGAAGAGAUUGUGAUGUGACGUUAGACGAAAGGUCAAAAGAUGAAACCCUCUUAUUGAAAAAAAAACAAACCGACGCAAUACCAUUCUAAAAUCUUAAGUUUAUAUUUUUCUUACCGAUAGGUUAUAGAUACUAAUCUUAUCUAGGGAUCUCAGUUAAAUAUAAAAGUCUAUUAGAAG